UCGUUUUGAUUAUGGUGUUUGUUUAUCUUCUUUUCUUGGGAAUUCUUCUUCUUUUUGUUCUUUUCUUGGAGUCCUUGUCGACUUCGAAUUUUAUUCUUCUAAUAGGUUGACUAGUCUUGCUUUAAUUUGCACCGAAACAUCUCUUUUUCUAAAUUCUUGACGGCAUAUUAAGGAGUGAAAGGAUAAUUGACGAUACAUCAGCUAUCUGGCCUUCAUUUCAUGAAUUGAAAUUAGUUUCUUGAACUGGAAUUGGGUCAUCAUAAUAUAUAUUGGUUCUUCGGGGACAGGCUUUACAACCUUGAGGUUAUAAAGUGGUUUCUUAUCCUAUGAAAUAUAAAAGGGAAGUAAACAUCAAUCAUCUUAUCCUGAAACUCAAGCAUGGUUUUGAGAUGCUAUCUGCCAUCAAUGGAAGUUCUCCAUCUCGAUAUCAUAUUGUGGCUGGUAUACUUGGGUUGGGAAUAGGGGCGGCAGGUUUAUAUGUGGUCCUGCAAGAUGGUAAUGUGAAUUAUCUUUCUAUUCCAUGGGUAUCUGAGCAAAGGGACUCAUCCGAGAUCACUUACUAUGUGGCUGGUUUGCAGAAUCUUGGAAACAAUUGCUUCCUUAAUGUGAUAUUACAGGCACUUGCAAGUUGUAGCUGUUUCCUUCCCUUUCUCCAAAAUAUACUGGCUGUUGAUGGUCCAUGGAUUGAGGAAUUAUCGGAAAGGAUGCCUCUUACUGUUGCUUUGACUUCAUUAUUAAAAGAGCUAUGCAUUGUUCAAGAAGAAAGAACUGUACUUAAUCCACGAAAAGUGAUGGUUGCAUUGAGCUUAUAUGUUAGCAGCUUCAGUUUAAGAAGACAGCAGGAUGCUGCAGAAGCAUUAAUUCAUCUUUUGUCUUCUUUAGAAGAGGAAAUUUCGCAGUCUUAUGUGCCACAUGGCAGUAGUAUAGCCGGCAUUACUGCUUUUCCUUCUAGGAUUUGUGUGCCGUCGAGAGGACAGACAGAGUGUAAGCGAUGGAGAAAACAUUUUUUUGGGCCUUUUGAUGGAACUAUUGGGAGCAUGUUGACUUGUAGAAGUUGUUCUUCUAUGCUUUCAAUGGAUUUUGAGCAUUUUUGCUGCUUGCCUCUCUCACCUGUGCUGGAUGGAAGGGCAGAUAUCAUUGAGGGAUGCACUCUGGUAGAUUGCCUUAAACAUUUUACUGCAGUAGAACAUCUAGAGAAUUAUCAUUGCGGUAGCUGUUGGCACAUUGCUGCUUUGAAAUAUUUGUCUCUCAAAGCAGAAAAGAAUGAGGCAAAAAUAAAUAUGCUUAGCAAGUGCAUCAAGUUUGAUUCUUGUGAUUGCAGAAAUCUUUUUCUUCAGGAAGAAAUAAGUUGGACUGGGUUUUCACAUGCUUUAAAGCAAUUGAGCAUUGCCUGCUGUCCUAAGAUUUUGUGCAUUCACCUACAACGUGCUUCAAUGAAUAGACAUGGUGAAUUAAUUAAGCUUCAGGGACAUAUUUCUUUUCCAUUAUUGCUUGACCUCUUUCCAUUCAUGGAAGCUACAAGAACUGUGGAACAACAAACUUCAAUGGAAAAUAUGCGAAAACAGAGGAAGGGGCUGGAGCAACCAUUGGUUCCUCAACUAAGCCACUUAGAUAUGCAUCAGGAAAUGCGAAUGCUACCCCACAUAUUUGGGAUUGUGGGAGAAAAUAUUUCAUCGGAAACCUUGUCAAGAAACAAGGUGGGAAAGUCUGUUUAUGAAUCAUUCAGAAGUCCUUCUGGAAUUGCUACCCCAGAUAACAGCAACUAUAUAGUUCUUGAAAGCAUGAUUGCUGCUUCUGAUGUCAAUUGCUCUCAACCUUUUUCUAGUUGUGAACCAGGACCCAAUAAAGAGGUCACUGAUAUUGGUGAGGUAUGCUCCACAAAGAGUUCCCUAUACUGCCUCUCUUCUGUUGUUGAGCAUUAUGGAAGAACUGGAAGUGGGCAUUAUGCAAUUUAUAGAAGAGUGGCAUCUGAGGCAGAAAGUGGUAAUUCUAUGAGAUCAAUAGGAACUGGGGACCGGCAGUGGCUUUAUAUCUCAGACCAUGAAGCAUCGAGUGUCACAGAAGAAGCUGUUUUUGCUGCAGAAGCCAGCCUACUUUUCUAUGAGAAAAUUGAAUCAUGCUUAUAGGUUGCUUUUGUAGGUUCAUCAUACAACUUCAUCACCUAAGAUUUGGAUUCAUGGUGUAGAUAACAAACAAUGGUAUCUGGGUGUGGCUAACAUUCCUCAGUUCUUGUAGGUGUUUAUCUUUCAGAUACUUCAGCAGCAUUAACAUUGGCAAAAACAGAAAGUGCUCAAUUAUCAUUCAGGCCAUAACUACCAGGUAUGAACUUCGAAGAGACCAAAGAUGAGACGAUAAAGUGGUCAGGACUGGUAUAAAAUCCCCAUAUAUCCAUGAUUGUUACAAAGUAAUAGGAUCACCAUGAAGUUUUAAAGAAUUGGAAUUAUCUAGGUCGAUUUGCUAACAAUUUAAUUUGCAAGUAAAUGACCCAGUAUGCAAGGUUAUAAGUGCGUGCUCCUUUGUUGGGUCGAUUUAAAGAUGUUUAUUUGGGUCUGUUGACUUGGAAACAUGAGCGAACCAUGAAUUUGUUUCCUGAGUUCACUAAUAUUUUUGAUGACUAAUCCCCCUGAAACGUUAAUGAUGCUGGUGAUAGACCCACAUGAGGCAGACCAGGAAUAAUAUUUUGGUGGAUUGUUGUUUGCUGAUUGCAAACUUGUAUGCAGGGUUAUCUGCUAGGAUGCAGGGUGCUGAGAUUUUUAUUGGUAAUGAAGAGAGUAUUGCUGU